UUGAAAACAUUCCCUAUAGCACACGGAAGUGAUGUUAAUAUGGAUGCCUGCUGAACUCCUACUAGGUUACAUAGAUACACGCUGGAGAUUUAAGGUUAAAAAUACUUGUUAAAAUAAUAAGUGUAUAAUCAUGAGCAGUUUCAAAUGUAUUCAGACGCUGUGCGGUUACAGCCGCAGGAUCAUUUGGAUUAAUGUGCAAAAUCCCACAAGGAAUAUUUACCACAGGCCAAAAAACUGUCAGAACCUUUUUAAACAUGAGCAUGUUAAAUUUGCCCUCAAGCGUCAACAGUUCAAAUCCACUGUUGUCCAGGAAGAACGGAGUGAGGAUUCCAUACUGAAAUGGUUUCUACUGUUGAUCCCUAUUACCACCUUUGGCCUCGGAACCUGGCAGGUAAAACGGCGGCAGUGGAAGCUGAAGCUGAUCAAUGACCUUCAUUUAUUGACGACCGCAGAUCCAAUCCCUCUUCCCACAGAUCCUGCAGAGUUGAAGGAUCUGCAGUACCGGCGUGUGACGGUCCGUGGUCGGUUCGAUCACUCUCGGGAGUUGUACAUCUUGCCACGUUCGCUGGUGGAUCCUGAAAGAGAAGCUCGGGAGGCAGGCAGACUGUCAUCCAGUGCAGAAACUGGAGCUAACGUCAUUACACCAUUCCACUGUACUGAUCUAGGGAUUACCAUCUUGGUGAAUCGAGGUUAUGUACCCAGAAAUAAAAUUAGACCAGAAACGAGGAUGAAGGGGCAGGUGACAGAUGAAGUGGAGCUGGUGGGUGUGGUGCGUUUGACAGAGAAGCGCAAGCCGUUUGUUCCUCAGAACAACGUAGAGGCGAAUCGAUGGCACUAUCGUGACUUGGAGGCCAUGGCUAAAGCAGCUGGAGCUGAGGAGAUCUUCAUCGAUGCUGUGUUGGAGAGUACAACACCAGGAGGACCUAUAGGAGGACAGACAAGAGUAACACUGCGCAAUGAACACAUGCAGUACAUCAUUACAUGGUACGGACUUUGCGCUGUUACUUCCUACAUGUGGUAUGCAAAAUUCAUCAAACGCCUUAGCUUAUGAAACACUUUUUGUAUGGUGUAAAAUGUGGUCCCCCCCCCAUUGUUGGUCAAGUAUGAGCAAAUUAGAAAUGAAAUUCUUUAAAACUCCUGACUGCAAGUAUUUAUUUUAUUUUUUUCGUCUGUUUGGAAAUUCUGUAUACCGCAGCUCUAAGAACUGGAGUUUGCAGUCAUGUAUUCAGAGACCUUCUAGUGCAGCAAUCCUACUAUGAACAUCAUCCAUUACUCGAACACACUACAUUGUUCACUGCAAAAGCCGGGCACUUGUGCAAGGCCUUUAAACCUCAGCUGCAUAAAAUGAGAAGUCUAAGUAACUCUGAAUAAGGGCUGUCAAAAUUAAAUAUUUUUAAUGAAAAAAAAUCCAGUCAACAACGUAGCUUCCCUGAUCUUAUUCUCUCCUGCAUUCUUGUCAGAUAUAAUCAUGUAACAGAACUCCAUGACCAAAGGUUAAACGCUGUUCAAGAACACUUGUUUCUCUGCACCACCAAAUACAUUUGAUGCUUUUGUUGAAAUGUAUCACUUUUCCUGACUAUUUAUGUGGCCAAAAGCUGUACACAGAUUAUUGUGUAAUCUGUACACAAAUUUGACUCUUUUGUUAACACGUAUAUAGAGGAAAUAUACAAAAGAAACUGAUGUGGCAUUAUAGACACUGAUUAUACUACAGCUGUAAAUCUCAGGCUUUGGUGCCUUGGUUCAGGUAUUCAUGUAUCAAACCCACCCUAAUCUGUAGUGAAUUCAGAGAGCAAUAAUAUACUUUUGCCAGUUGACAAUUUAAGUUAACCAAAUAAAGAGCCAGAAAACUUCA